GUGACAUACAUGUGUACGUGCAAAGGAAUGUACUGCAAGAAAGACUAAAAUGGCGGCGCUGGUAGAAGGGCAACAAUAUGGUCUUUUUUCACAGGGAAGUUAUUCGAAUUCUAACUCAUUAAUAUUUGUUAAAUUAACAGAUUCUGCGCUUAAAUCAAUAGAGGAUUAUCUAAAGAAUAAGGGUAGCAGUCUUCAGAAACCAACAGUUCAAUUUGAAGCUAACCAUGGGGUAAUCCACAUCCCAGUUAGUAGCAAGGACAGCCAUUCAUUUGGUUUUACUGUUUCAAACACAGAGGCUGAUAACCCUCAAGGAAGCUUUGAAUGCAUCCAGCAGAAGAAAUCAAGGUCUUUAGAAUCACUUGGGAGCAUGCUACAUAAGAUGCAAAUUCACGCGACGGAAGACAGCUAUGAAAAAACAAAACAUAAGAUGGCUUUUGCUGAACAACAAAACAAGAAAAAUUGCACAAAAGUGAUCAAAGCUGCUGGUCCUGGUGUUGGUAGACGAGUCAAGGUAAAGAGGCCGCUUUCGUCGAUCCCACUUCCUCCACCUAAACCUUCCAGUCCUCACCAAUUUCUCCCAAGUGCUGUUUCUAAACAAGUGGUUAAACCAGUCAGUGGACUACAGCUUGGAGGAACAAACAGUAGUACUCCGAGACCCACACCACCCCCUAAACCUGCUAACUCAGAUAUUUUAAGGAAAACGUACAGGGAGAGAAUAAUUCACCUCUUAGCUGUCCGUCCAUAUAAGAAACCUGAACUGCUGACUAGACUUAUGAAAGAUGGUAUAAAAGAAAAAGACAAGAAAAGUUUGAGUGCCAUCUUGAGUCAAGUGGCUGUACUGAAGGAUAACAGCUUUUCCUUAGUGAGGCAUGUCUGGAAUGAAGUCCAAGACGAUUGGCCUUUUUACACUCCUCAAGAAAGAGAGCUAAUGAAAAGAAUUCCACAAAAGCUCAAAGAAAUGAUGCUCAGGCAUACAGAUAAACGUGCUCCAUCAGGCUACGAGCCUUACCCAGGCAAGAAACAGAGAAUAUCCCAUUACCAAAAGCCUGAAGUGAAUGGUGCCUCACCAUACUCAGGUUUUGUGAGUUCAGCUAAACCAGAUUCUACUGACCUGACCUUUGUUAAAGCCGACUCUGUGCUUAACACUUCAAAGAAGUGGGAGCCUACUCUGAAUGGACAAAAUGGCUUUUCCAAAACUGAUGGCUUCAGUCCAAAGUGUUCAGCUACAGAGAAUGGUGUUUCUUCUCACACAUCAACCAUAUCAUCUCACUUAUUCAACAGACAAACUCCUGAGCCUGAGAAAUUUACUCAUUGGUCAGCUGCAGGUCUUGCAUCAAGCUGCAGCAAAUCAACAAUGCAAGCAGCUGACUCCUCCCACACUUACAUCAAUAGGCAUUCCUCACCUGACUCCAAUAGCCACUCACAGACUGUAGCAGCACCAAAGAUUAAUAAUUUCAGUUCUAAGCUGCCUCCUAAUGGCUAUCUUAAACACCACAGCAGUCCUGUAGAAGAAAGGAUGAAUGGAGUGAGACGGUCAAAAGUCAGUUCCACAACAAACAGUACCGAUUCAACUCCUUCGUCUAGUCCUGAUAGUCAGGAUAGUUUAUGUUUCAAAGGUUCUCAAAGUCAUACAUCAUCUCCUACUACAACUUGUGAAGUACCAGACUAUUUAACGAAAUAUGUUGAAAUUACCAGUAAUGACCAGAGAGCUAGGUAUAAGGCUCACUUUAAUGCAGAAUAUGAACAAUAUCAGAAGUUACAUUCACACAUUAUGAACGUAUCUAGACGAUUUGCCGAGCUUGAAGACAGGCUAGGGAGUUGUGAAAAAGGCUCCCAGGAGUGGAAAAAAACGACACAAGAAAUCAAGAAGGAGUAUAAAGAACAAAAACGAAAAAAAUACCAGGAGAUGAAAAGAAAGUAUCAGUAUUUACAUGAAAAACUGGCUCACAUCAAACGUCUGGUAAUGGAAUACGACCAAUGUCAUUCUUAGCACUAGUUUGGCAGCUGAUCAUUCUCCUGUCUUCUGAGGAUCGCAAAAGACCGUCUUCCACCUCGUUCCACUGUUAGAGAUAUGUUUUGAAUGGCCAUUCCUGUGAACCCGUAUUGACCCCAAGAUAUGUUUUAUGUAGUCACAAUGAUUGUGGGGCAUACCGGGUAAAUUCCCUGUGACGAAGAGAUUAUAUUUUUAGGUGUGAAAUGAAAUUUUUGCAGCUGAGAUGGUAUUUGACACGGUCAUUUUUUGUGCCUCCUUUGCUACAAAUCUUCUUUUUUUCCAACCUAACCAGAAUAUGGUUUGUUUGAUUUCAAUGCUCUUAGUGUCUUUUAUUAAUGCCCCAAAAUGCUGAGAAACUCACUUCUUUCCAGGAACAAAAAUGUUUACUAUUUGUUAUGAUAGUACAUAACUAUAUAUAAUUUGUGUAUGAUAAAAUCAGGUUAAAAUUGUAAUGUUUAAAGUAUUAGUUCAACAUAAUUUUUCAGUACUCUUUUUAUUGUAUAAACAACACUUUAUGUAGUUAAUUUCAGAAAUUAAAUUAAGGUAUUUAUGAUAAGGUAUUUAAAUACACAUUUUUGUGCUGGAAAAAAAUUCUGAGGAAAAUUGGUGUUUUAAAGAAAAUAGCAAAAAAAAAAUGAUAAAAGAUGGUUUAUAUAUAAAAACUUUUUCUUCUCAAAUACUGGGGCAUUAUAUACUCUUUAACAAACAUCUUUAUAACUUGUUAUAUAAAUAUAGUUGACCUUGAUCGCUGUGUUUUUAAGAAUUCCUCGUGAUUACAAUCAAUUUCACCUGCAUCUGUUUCAUUAUAUUGUGAAUAUUUACACUGAGAAUUCUCUGAUGUGGUGGAUAUUAAGCUUUUAAUGCUAGUCAUAUAACAUUAUCUAAACAGCCUUUUUGACCCCUGUUAUUAAAAAAAAUGAGUAUCGAACUUUUUCAAAGAUUAUAUGGUAAGUGUGCUUUCCAUCAGAAUUUGUCGUGUAGAUGGUCACGCGUAUAAGGACUUCCUUUCCGUGUUUUCCAGAACAAACGUAAGACUUCCAUAUUGAAACUCCUGAUAUUUUGAUAGAUAAUUGUUCAAACUGUGUGUAUUUGGUAAAAUAAACAAAAGUUUGGAAUCUAAACACAAAGUGACAGCAUGCUCAGCUGCAAAGUGUUGCUUGGAUCUAACUUAAAAUUCAUCUCCUAUGACUGGAAUGGCUUAACGACUCAGAAUUUUAUGUAAUAACACUUUCUACUAUUUGUGCCUUCCAUAGUGUAAUGCUUUCCCCAUCUUGUACAAGAAUGUAUGUUUGUAAGUAUACUGUGGGAUUGGUAAUUGUAUGCUUAAAGAUAUGAAUAGUUAAUAUGUAAAUUUGGACCAAUCAGGGCUUAAGGUUUGGAAUCAAUGGCCCUAGUUGCCAGGGGCUGCUGUACUUAAUUUUUUGUCUGUCAUCAUGGCCAAAUAAAUAUCAGUUGGCUGCUGUCUAUGCAGAGCUUUCGGUCCAAAUACUAUGCAAGCAGUGUUAGUGAAAUCUUCCAUAAAUACAAUUUUAUGGAUAAAUAUGAUCGAUACAUUUCUUAGAAAUGCAAAAAAAGAAAAAGUUCCAGUAUGAAGAUAAAACUUGUUUUAUGAGAUUUAUAAAUACCAUUUUUUUUUAUUUUGUCACAGAAAAACUUGAAACUAGCAGUUUUAAUAUUAGAUUUCUAUAUUGCAUAACCUGUUGAUGUGAUGGUGACAUUGGUUUUGGUUUUUUUUUAAAGCUAAAAUGUGUUUAUUUUUCAAUGAUCAAGUGACACCCAUAUUUCAGUGAAGGGAAAACCAGCAUAAAUAUUACUUAGUUCAUUUUAAAUAUCCUGAAACAAGUUAAGCUAACUUUUGAUCAUAGUAUAAACUGUUUUAUUGAUCCUUUAAAGACAUCAAAAUAAGAUAAACUCCACUGAUUUUAGUAUGAACACUUGUAAUAGUACUUUAUUUGUUUAUCAAACAUUGUUGGUGGUUGUAUAACAGCUGCAUGUAAUGUUAUGGAGUCAUCUUAAACAUUAGUUCUUAAUCCCCCAUUUCCCACUGUGCAUAAAACCAGAAAUGUUAAAAAAAAUACAUACUCUGUAUGUGUGUGAAAGUCAAACGUGCCAGUAAGCUGAAGGAAAAAAAUUGUUAUGUAGCAAUAUGAUGUAGAAAUAAUAUGAAACAUUGACUUAACUUUAAUUUGUGUUGUAUCUCAGAAGGUAGUGUAACUUAGAUUAUAUAAAGAUUUUGUGAUCAGCCAGUUCAUGUAUUAAGUGUGGAUUGUGUAUGUUUAGUUUGUGUUUGAGCAAUAAUAACCAUUCCGUAGAUCCUUUUUCAUACCUCCUAUGUUAGCUUGUGAUUUCAGUGCUUGUAAUUAACGUAGAUAGCUCUAUCAGGUGGAGACUGCCGUAAAGUAAUUGUUUCAUAGUUUUGUACCAAACUUACCUACCACAGCUGACAUUUUCGCUUCAUUUAAUCUGUUCCUAAUUGUUAUAAGUGUAUUACAAAAACCAGUGAAAGGUUACUUCUAUAGACUUUAGUCAGGUUGAAACUAUGUCCAGUAAACUUCAUCUGAGAUGGAUACAGACUGUUGUUGUUGUUAACCCUUGUCCAAGCUUUAUUUAAUCUUAUUGUGAUAUUUCUUAUCAAAGACUGUCAUUUAUUUGAGGUUAAACAAGUUCUUUUUUUUUCACGAUUUUGUAAACAUUCCGUAUAUACUUAGAGAAGAUUAAUUACAUAAAACAUUUUUGUUGCUCAUUAUCAUAGCAUUCCUCCAACUGUUAUAAGAUAGUAGCAACACGUUGUGCUAUCACACUAAACUAUCACAACUGGCAGUUAUGGGAACAGUGAUUAUAUUGUCACUGCUACAGUUUACUCUAACAAAAGGAUGACUCUACAGAUAUACUGUGUGUUGUAUACAAGCUACUAUAUACCACAACAGCAAAACAUGUAUGUUUCGACAAAACAAGUACAACUCUGUUACUUUGGAACUGGAUAAAAACUGAUUACCAUAUUAGGAUAAUACUCACUAUUACUAAAAAAAUAAAGCACAUUUAACGUAAUAUGAAAAAAGUUCUUCAGAAAUUACCAAUACAACUAGCAUGUUAACAAUCUUGUCACUUUUUGUAUCUGAAUAGCAAGAAAUUAUUAUGUAAUAGCCCCACCUACCCCCAAAUAUCAUGUACAAUUGCACACACUCCAAAUAAAUGACAUGGAGAAAAAUUGUAAGGGGGGAAACCUAUGGCUUUGCCGAGGACAUUUCUUUGUGAACAUAAGCCGAUGUCACCUCACAUCAAUCAUGGUACAACUUAGAAUUGACGGCCACUGCUGAUUUUAAACUGCGUGGUUAUUAAGGUAAUAUACUUGUGUUGUUGAUAGAGCUGAGGGGGCACAGCUUCUAAAAGUUUGUUUUCUACUUUAAAAAGAAAGAAAACUACUAAGCAAGAGUGACUCCGAGGCUUUUUUUUUUCCAAUGAUCGCUUGGAAUCAGAUUGAACAAAGUUAAACGUACGUUCUUGGUCCUCCCGAAAUCUGUUUACAACUACUACAGAGGAGGAAUGAGGGUUCAUUUCCUUUGUGUUGCAUAUCAAGUGCCAUUAUUUGAUUUUUGUUUAAGUUUAUUUGCAAGCAAAUAAAAAUUACAAAAAAAAUGAUGUAUACAAAAUGGUUGUAUUCUAUUCAUUCCAACUGUUAUCAGGGCAAACAGAAAGAAUUUAAACUUUCUAUUUGUAUUCUAAGAAAUUGAGACAGAGUGAAAAGAAGGGUUUGUUAUCACACUUAACUUUUUUUUUGUGACCACUGAAAAACAGCUAUUUGUGUAUGUGAAAAUUUUAACUGUGGUUUAUUUUGUCCGCCAAGUCAUUAGGACUUUUUUUUUUUUAAAUGCUAACAAACUUUGAAAACUUUUUUAUUGUGUUUUAUAUUAAAUCAGUUAUUUAUCGUAAUAAUAUGCAUAGGAAAUGGUUUAUGUUGUUUUAAUAAUGAGAUAUUGAUAUAAACUUGAAUUUUCUAAUUAUUCUUGCAGCCAUUUAGGUGAAUGGUGACAAAUAUUUGAAUGAUACAAUGGUUUAAAGAGUUGUUUUAGUUUGGAGUCGAAGAAAAUUGGCACAUUUUAGGACUUGUAUAAAGUUGUACUGUUAACAAUAUUUAAGUAAGUGAUUACUCUUUGAAAUUUUAGAAUUAAGAUUUAUAUUGUUGCUACAUGGUUUAGAACUUGUAAAAUUAAUACUGUUACAACAAUGAAAAGUGAAAACUGUAUUGUUGCAAUCAGGAGAAUGGAAUUGACCAUAUAUGGAAGUUGUUACUAUUACAAUUGUAUUUUGUUUUAAGUACACCCAAGAAACAUGCAUUGCCAAAACUGUAAAAAAACUUGUUUUACUUUUUAAAAAAAAAGUAGACUUAGGUCUUAAAAACUGUCAAAAUUUCAGUUUCAUAAAAGUGGUUGUAACAAUUGUUUUAAACCCUUUUUUUUAUCUUAUGAAAAUUGUCAGUAAAAAGUCAAGAGACUUUAAAAACACAGUGAAAACUAAAGUUGGAACACUUGCAGGAAGCCACCACCAGAUCCUGUUCAGAACUGGGUAAAAUAAUAUAACCAGAAGUGAUCAUUGUAUGAUAGACUGUGAAAGUAAGUGUAACUAUUAGGAGACUGUUCUCCUAAUUCUAGCAAGUGUUCAUCUUUCAGUUGGAACAAACAAUCUUAUAAUUAGGCUACGAGAUGAUAGUCGUAGUAGUUGGUAAAGAUCUUACUUAUCUAAUAUGUAAAUAUUGAAAUUCUAGGGUUGAUAAUAAAAUAUUUGUAAACCAUUGAUAGUUUUGUGGAAAUUAACCAAAAAUCUCAGCAAAUGAUAUAUAUAUAUAACUUGAGUGAUUCUCUUGCAAUUACUAAUCUGCACUCUCGUACUUUAACUUUAGUAAGUAUGACUUCAGGAAUCAGAGAGAGAUCUAAACAUUGACAUAGAUAUAAAACUUGUUAACUUCUACAAUCUGUGAAAAAUGUUAUUAUUAUUAUUAUUAUCCACUAUAAAAAGAAAGUUGAUUUUUCUGUGAAAACAUUUUAUUUUUAUCAGAAUAGGAAUCUGAAAAUAAAAAUUCAGGUUAAGUGUGAAACCAAACAAUAAGUUGAGUGAAGCGACUGUUGUCAAGGCAACAUCCAACUUUCUUUGUUUGCCAAACAAUACUGUGAGUGAAGCAACUGUUGUCAAGGCAACAUCCAACUUUUUCAGUUUGCCAAACAAUAUGUUGAAGGAAGUGACUGUUGUCAAGGCAACAUCCAACUUUCUCUGUUUGCCAAACAAUACAGUGAGGGAAGAAGUUGUUGUUAGGGCAACAUUCAACUCUGAGCAGUCAGGAUAAGCCCUAGAUAAAGGGUUUGUGUAUACAUAAAAAAAUAAAUAAUCUUGUUGCAUUCAA